AACAAAAGUAAGCUGACUGAUGCAAUUGGCAAUCUGCAUUGUAUAUGUGUAUAUGUGUAUAGCACGUGUGCCACAUAAAUUAUUCAUGCAGGUUACGCGACAGAGAUAAUGCGAGGAUGAUAACUAAAAUGAUAAAAGGGUCAUUCUUCGCCUGUAAGCGCGAGGGAGAAGUAAAGCAAGCUCAAACGCCAUUGACAAGGUGGAAUCCGUUUACGAAAGACGAAUGGUCAAGAGAAAAGUGGUACUUUUUGAAACCGGAGAGUAGUGGGAAAAAAAGCAUCCUACUUGCAAUACCAGCGCGUUAUAAAAUAUCGUAUAAGCCCUUUUUAAACCAAGCUUUGACAAUGCGAAUCCGCAACAGUCAGUCAAGCUUGAAGUCAAGCGUGUUUCAAUUGCUGCCGUUGGUGGUCAUUUGUUUCAAACGGAUCUUGCAUCACAGAAAAGAAAAACACAGACGCAACCUCGUUUUUUUACUUUUAAGAACAUUAGCAGGGUCCGUGCGUAGAGAGCACGGUGUCAAAGAGUUGCCACCGCUUUAUAUGCACUUGAAAAAGAUCCUAAGUCUUAAUCAGUACAUUCACAAGGUCGAUCAAUACGCGAGAGAUCUUUCUGUGUGAAUUGGGAUGGCAUUACCCAACGAUAGAUUAAGUUUCCGUUAUAUUAAUAGUCAAACAUAGAAAGCUUCUCUUGUUGAUUAUUAUCUUUUUGUCAUUUUCUUAUUGUAUUUUAAAGAGAAACCCUCUUUUCUAGGAAGUUCCAAUAGAAAAAGAGGGGAAAAACUCC